AUGAAUUACGUUGACAAUGAAUUUGUCAACUGUAUGUCCAAAAACCAAUCUUACCUUGUUCCAGAUCUUGACAAUCUUCAAGUGGGGAUGACAUUUCCCACAAAAGCUGUGGCAAUGCAGUGUGUAAAAGAAUAUCAUAUGCACAAUUCUACGAGCUUCGUCGUUGCGCAUUCUGAUAGAACUAGAUGGAUUGUCCAUUGUAAAAAUAAAAAUUGCAUGUGGAGGUGUGGAAUCUUGAAUGGAAAGAAAUCAAACAUCUGGAAGAUCACAAAAAUAGAAGGGUCACACACAUGCUCAUCAACAAUGAUUUCACAAGAUCACCAACAACUCUCUUCGACUGUUAUUUGUGAAAGCAUCUUACAAAUGGUAACACCGGAUCCCACAAUAUCAGUUUCAGUAUUGAUUGCACAUAUAAGAUCUCGGUACACAUAUACCACUACUUAUAGAAAGACAUGGAUUGCAAAACAAAAGGCCAUUGAGAGAAUAUACGGCAAUUGGGAGGAAUCAUUUAAAGAGCUUCCAAGGUGGAUUCUUGCUUUCAAACAUUAUCUUUCAGGGACUGUUACUGUUAUUGAAGUGGGACCCUUUAUUGAGGAUGGACAACGAGUUCCUAACAAAGCUGUCUUUCAUCGCCUCUUUUGGAGUUUCCAACCAUGUAUCAAAGGGUUUGAUCAUUGUAAAUCAGUUGUUUCAGUUGAUGGAACAUGGUUAUAUGGGAAGUAUCGUGAGACCUUACUAAUGGAAAUCACUCAGGAUGGUGAUGGUCAUACCAUUUUUAUAGCAUACGCCAUUGUUGAGGGUGAAACAUCAGAUGCUUGGUUUUUCUUCCUCAAUCGUCUACGAAUGUUUGUCACACCUCAACCCAACCUCUGCUUGAUUUCAGAUAGACAUGAGUCGAUUAAAAGUGUUGUUAGGUGUGUAAACAACAAUUGGCAUCAUGUCUUUUGCGUUCGACAUAUAUCAAAAAACUUCAUGAGGACCUUCAAAAAUGGGCUAAUGAAAAAUAUUGUAACCAACAUGAGUUAG